GGGCGCCCGCGAAGCCUCUCGACCCAGCUCGCCCGCCGCGCGCUGACCCCGGGCUUGGAGGUCGCGGAGAAGGCUGUUCCGGCGAGUCGAGUACCCGCGCCCGCGAACCUCCCACCUGCCGAGGACCCGGGUGCAGCCAUGGGCUACCAGGGGCAGCGGCCCGUCAUCCCGCCACAGAGCCAUCUAGAUGACAGAGAAACCCUCGUUUCUGAACAUAAGCACAAAGGGAAAACUUGUCGUCAGUCUGCUGCUGUUUUUAAUGUUGUCAACUCGAUUAUAGGAUCUGGUAUAAUAGGAUUGCCUUAUUCAAUGAAGCAAGCUGGCUUUCCUCUGGGAAUAUUGCUUUUAUUCUGGGUUUCAUAUGUCACAGACUUUUCCCUUGUUUUAUUGAUAAAAGGAGGGGCCCUCUCUGGGACAGACACUUACCAGUCUUUGGUCAAUAAAACUUUUGGCUUACCAGGAUAUCUCCUACUCUCUGUUCUACAAUUUUUGUAUCCUUUCAUAGCUAUGAUAAGUUACAACAUAAUAACUGGAGAUACUUUGAGCAAAGUUUUCCAAAGAAUCCCUGGAGUUGAUCCUGAAAACUUGCUUAUUGGUCACCAUUUCAUUAUUGUGCUUUCCACUGUUGCCUUCACUCUGCCUUUGUCCUUGUAUCGAGAUAUAGCGAAACUUGGAAAGAUCUCUCUUAUUUCUACAGUUUUAACAACUCUGAUUCUUGGAAUUGUAAUGGCAAGAGUAGUUUCAUUGGGUCCACACAUACCAAAAACAGAAGAUGCCUGGACAUUUGCAAAGCCCAGUGCUAUUCAGGCUGUUGGUGUAAUGUCGUUUGCAUUUAUUUGCCACCAUAACUGCUUCUUAGUUUAUGGUUCUUUGGAAGAACCCACAGUAGCUAAGUGGUCUCGCGUCAUCCAUGUGUCCACCUUGAUUUCUGUAUUUAUCAGUAUUCUCUUUGCUACAUGUGGAUACUUGACAUUUACUGGCUACACCCAAGGAGACUUAUUUGAAAAUUAUUGCAGAAAUGAUGACUUGGUAACAUUUGGAAGGUUUUGUUAUGGAGUCACUGUCAUUUUGACGUACCCGAUUGAAUGCUUUGUGACUAGAGAGGUAAUUGCCAAUGUGUUUUUUGGUGGGACUCUUUCGUCAGUUUUCCACAUUAUCAUAACAGUGGUUAUCAUUACUGUGGCCACACUUGUGUCAUUGCUGAUUGAUUGCCUUGGAAUAGUUUUAGAGCUCAAUGGUGUGCUCUGUGCAACUCCUCUAAUUUUUAUCAUCCCAUCAGCAUGUUAUCUGAAACUGUCUGAAGAACCGAGGACACACUCAGAUAAGAUUAUGUCCUGUGUCAUGCUUCCCAUUGGUGCUGUGGUGAUGGCUGUUGGAUUUGUCAUGGCCGUCACCAAUCCUCAAGACUGCACCCACGGGCAGGAAAUGUUCUACUGCUUUCCCGACAAUUUCUCCCUCACAAACAUCUCAAUUUCUCGUUUUCAUCUGACAACACAACUUUCCAUUUUAAACGUCAGCAUCUUUCAGUGA